GAAAAGGACACCAGAAAUGCUGACGAAAACAAGAAAAGAGCCAGACGACUGUAACCAUGAAAACCCACUGUGGAGCCGACUUCCCGCCACCGCUCUUUUUGGCAUCUACCAGAACUUGGGUGAUCUCGACAGGUUAUCCAUGGCCAGGGUAAUGAAUUUUGUUUCACGAAUUCGGCUUGAACAGAUAUUAUUGUCAAAUGAAAGAAUAGAAAAUCAUGAGGAAGUAUAGCUGGUAACAAGGAUGGAAAUAUGGUUGGUGGAGACAUGAUUGGAUCGGAUGAAUGUAGGGGUUUGGGAUCUAUUCAAACCUGCAAUAACUUUACUCGGGUGUCAACGUUCCUGAGCCUAAGUGUUGGUGAAUAAUUUCGUGACACCGCAAGACUGCAACGUAGUGUUUCGACGCGAGGCUUUCAUCGGAGCACUGAACGGUUUCACAGGGGUCUUUACGACUGGAUCUUUACGGGGGCUCGAUGUUGAGAUUGUACAUGCCAAUUCUAGCAAUAAGCACUCUCAUGGUAUAAGCCGUUUGUCAAUGACGUUGGCAACAACAACCAGGAAGUACAAGAAAGCUUAUCGGGAAAUGCGUCACAUAAGAGCAGAGGAUUAAGGGACAUAAACAAACUGAUACAUUAGUUAAAACCAGGAAUGCCAAGCCACCAGCCAGGAAACUAGUCAUUAUUUUAGAUAUCAAAUAUUUGUUUGAGGAUCACUUAAGACAGUGUGGUAUUAUUCAAAAUUUACGCUUAAGUUGGCCUCCUCCCAGAAAGUCGGACCCUUAUUGGAAACUGAGAUCAAAAUAGCUUGGUACAUCAGAUGGAGAUUUGUCAUUUGCCCUUAUAAACCCAAAACUGUCUGUAUCUGCAAAUGGCCUACAGUGCUAGUUGUAAACUUGUCGAAUUCGUGCCCCUAAUCUGAACUAUUGAAGGCCAGGGAGGCAUGCGAGCCCAACGUAAAAUGUAUCAUUGCAUAGCCAAACGGAAGGAGCUAUUUGUUAGUGUGUUAGCCGAUAUGGUGGAGAGCGUGAGUUCGGACCUCACCAAAAUAUGAAUAAUUGUAGAUCGACUAAAUGAUGGAUAAGAGAAUAAAAUAUAAGCUGGAUGUGUGAAGAAAAUUCUGGAUAACUGCAAGGAUGAGUGAGUGAAUAAGAGUUUGGAUGUGUGAAUAAACGCAAUGCUUGGUGUAAGGUUGAGUGAAUGAAUGAGAGGACAGAUGAGCGAAUACAGCUUGAUGUGUGGAUAAAUUUAGCGAUCGGUGUCACGAUGAGGGCAUGAGAGGAUUGGUGUGUGAAGAAACUUAAUAAUUGGUGUAAGAACAGGUAAGUGUUUGGAUUAAUUUAGAAUUAAUAAAUAACAUUUUAAAACUUUUUUUUCUUUCAUUUUACAAAUUUACCUUUAAGUUAAAAUUAUGGCACUCCAAAAUUACAAACGGAUAAAUACAUAUUUAUUUGUCAAUUGGGUUGGGGUAAUGAUCACAUCGAUUGGUAAAUACACAAAGAGAGAUGUCAAAAUACCAUCCGAGAAAUUACAAAUAAAGCUCUAAGUUCAAAUCCUUUAUUACUACACCAUUAUGAACGGACUCUCAGCAACCCCCUUUUGUUCCAAAUAUUUCUUAGAUUAUUUAUGUGCAGAAACUGAACGUUUAAAAAAAAUAAUUAUACGUUAAAAAACAACAACAAAAACAAAAGAUUAACCAGGUCCUGCCACUUAACGUCCCACAUAUAUGGCCACGCCCAUAAAUCACAUGUUUAAUUUUCCCUGCUAAGGUUUGCAAGACCUGGUACCAAGGCUUCCAAGUUCCGGCGCUAUGGAGAAGGCGUUUCAUCGAGUUCUGCGGAAGAAGAUCAAAGAGAGAUAUCAAAGCUGACGCCUUAUUUAAUUCCGAAGAGGGGUUAACAGUGUCGUACGGUACGGUAAAGUAGCGGCUAUACACUGUUACAAGGAAAUACUUUUUAAAAAAAACGUGCAUUCCGGUACACCUAGCCAUACCGGUGCAACGGAUUUAGGGACACCGACUCUACAACUCAGAUAACGUUAAAAGAUCACUUUCUGGUCAAGGUACCACACAAGUACAACUAGUGUACUGUUGCAAAUAAUUUAGUGGUACAAAUAACAUUAUUACAUAAACAACACGCCUUAAAAUUUGCUUCUAGGACGACACAAAUAUUGAAACCAACUUAAUCAUACUCUGCUAGAACUAUAAACAAAUAAAACACUGGUAGACUGUAACUGGUGUGACGUGUUCCACGAGUCGUCAAAUAAUGUACGCGCAGCCCUGGUAAUAUUUUAUAGUCACGACACCACAUUGUCUUUUCUUUGUUUUCCAUGCUGUACGUUGAACCAUUUGUUCCAGAAUUUCUGUUUCUAAAUUACAUAUUCUUAAUUUAUAUCUAAUUAGGAAAGUGUGCGAUCAAAUUCGUCAAAAAGUUCCCGAC